CCGCGAGUGCAAAUGUACCGUCGAUCGAUCGGCCGGUUGUUGUCGGGGCCGUGCACAUAGAGACACGCGCCAGCUGGCCGAUCAAUCUCUGACCAGUGGAGACCGUAUCCAUGCUGGUUGGUCCCGGGCCAAACAUCCAUGCCAUGAUAAGUCAAAAGCCUCGAGUUUGAGAGAGAUAGAAAGAGCAACAACAGGUUUCAAUCAGAGCUCGAUCAUAUCAGCGCUGUAGGAGGAGAAGACGGCAACGGCGCAAGGCAAAGCUGGAGUUGCUUCUUCUAUGCUGUCGCUCCACAUGGCGUUGCUCCUCGGAGUGGUGUUCGCCUCCAUCCUUACAAGAGCGGCCUCGGUGGGCGUGUGCUACGGCAUGAGCGCCAACAACCUGCCGCCCCCGAGCACCGUCGUCGGCAUGCUCCGGGACAACGGCUUCAACUCGGUGCGCCUCUACGCGCCGGACAGAGACGCGCUGGCGGCACUCGCAGGCACCGGCAUCGGCGUCAUCGUCGGUGCGCCCAACUACGUGCUCCCCGAGCUGGCCGCCAGCGGGUCCGCGGCGGCGGCGUGGGUCCGCGCCAACAUCGCGGCCCACCCGGACGUCUCCUUCCGGUACCUCACAGUGGGCAACGAGGUCGCCGGCAGCGACACGCAGUACCUCGUCCCGGCCAUGGAGAACGUGCACGGCGCGCUGGCCGCGGCCGGGCUGGGCGACGCCGUAAAGGUCACGACGGCGAUAUCGCAGGCCACCAUCGCCGUCCACGUGCCGCCGUCGGCUGGCGAGUUCGCCGACGAGUCCAAGCCGUUCCUGCUCCCCGUGCUGCAGUUCCUGGAGCGCACCGGCGCGCCGCUCCUGGCCAACCUGUACCCGUACUUCGUGUACACGUACAAGGCCGCGGGCGACAUGGACGUCGGCUUCAUGCUGUUCACGGCGCCGGGGACGGUGGUGCAGGACGGCGAGUACGGGUACCAGAACAUGUUCGACGCGAGCGUGGACGCGGUGCACGCGGCGGUGGAGCGGCUCGGGGUGAGCGGCGUGGACGUCGUGGUGUCGGAGACCGGGUGGCCGUCGGCGGGCGGCGAGGAGGCGUCGGUGGAGAACGCGAGGACGUACAACCAAAACCUGGUGGGCCACGUGGGGAAGGGCACGCCGCGGCGGCCGUGGAAGGUGGAGACGUACGUGUUCUCCUUGUUCAACGAGAACCUCAAGGAGGCCGGCGUGGAGCAGAACUGGGGUCUCUUCUACCCGAGCACCGAUAAGGUCUACCCCAUCACCUUUGGCAAGUGAACUUGAUUGAGUUCGUGCGUCGUUCAUCCAUGUACGCGACCAUGUAUGGUCAUAGACGUGUAUAUAUACAAGUAUAUAUAUUUAUUGAGUGUGUAUUUGUGUGGCCA